AUGUCUAGUUCAUCAAUACAAACACAACAACAACAACAACCUACACAAGUUGUACCUUUAACAUUGGAUGCCAACACUGCAGAUUCUAUAUUUAAAGCAAAUAAAAAGAUAUCGGAUUAUGUACAUCAGAUUGCAAAUGAACCGAGUGUAGGAAUGUAUCAUGUACAGGAGCACAUCAGAAAGACAAUACCAAAGAAUGUUGCUAUAAAGAAGGAGAUCAGAGAGUUAGAUACACACAUAGAAGAACUAAUGUACAACGUCGAUGAUUCCUCAGCAACCAUUCAAUCGAUUGCUGAAAUUCAAACAUUCAAUCAUAUACACGAUCUACUAUUAUCAUCAAUCGAUAAGGUUUCAAAAUUAGUUAAUAAUAAAUCAUUACAAUUUAUAAAUUCAUCACAUUUAAAGUCGACAGCAUCAUCUACUUUCAGUUCAUACAAGUCAUUCGAUCAACUAUCUACUGGAAGUGGUGGAUCAUCAUCUUCGAUAACAACACCAUCAAUUACACCAAAUUCAUCUGUACAAUAUGACAAUACAACAUUAAACAAUAACAAUGAUAAUAAUAAUAAUUUUACAACAAAUAAUAAUAAUAAUAUAAAUGAUAGUGAAUCAAGUGACAAUUUUAAUGAAAUUCCAAUUAAUAAUACUAUACAAUCAACACCUGAAACCUAUGACUACCUAUCAACAUCAAAAAAGAAAUCAUCUAAAUCUAAAAAGUCAACAUCGUCAUCACUCAAUUCAUCAUCAUCAACUGUAUCUUCUUCAUCAUCAUCAUCCAACAAGAAGAAAGAUAAAGAUGUAUUACAACCAAAACAAUUUUAA